AUGGAUGAAAACAAGCUUCAAAGAUACUUCGUAUUCAUUCUGUUUUUGUUCAUCACCUUCUUCUUCUUCCACACCACCGCCGUAGUCUCGGCGGUGGCGGCGGAUGGAGAUGAAAAGGGAGAGCACUACAUACAGGUUGAAGAAAGGAAAAUGCCUAUAAUCGACGCGGUUAAGAGAAUGUUCUCUCUUCCAACAACGCCUUCCAACUAUUUGAUGAGAGUCUUGCAAUACUUUUCCCCUCCAAAUUUAGAUUUCCGGGGAGUUGAUGAAGAGAGGGCCAGCGAAGAGGGGACCACGGAGAAGGUAAAAGAGGCAGUGGUGAAGAGCGUGGAUACGAGCAAGACAGCGGUACAAGAUUCUGCAAAAUCAGCAGCAAAAUUUGCAGAAGAAGCUGUGGGAGAGACUGUUGGCAAAGUGAAGAGAACGUUGUCUGGUGACCAUGAAGAAGAACUCUGA